GAGCAAGCAGCUUGAUGUUCGCGACUCGAGAUAGUCAGAUCCCGCAUUUGAGAACAGGGGAGUGUUCGAAAUGGCUGAGCAGGACGACAACACGGAUUCGCCGCACGUCAAUUCUUCUUCUGCUGAUGUCGAAGUGCACGCUUUGUUUCCGGUUUCAUCAUCAUCAUCAGCAGCAACCGCGCCUCGUCUGUUCCCUUCCUUCGCUUCUGCAAAGAAUACAGUCUCUUCCAUUUUUCCGAUCACCAAUACAGGAUUACAGCAGGAGCCUGCACAUCAGUGGCUUGCCAAUUCCAGCUUCUCUGAGAGUCUCCUUCCUCCACCUUUGCCAAGUGUUCCAAGUUCAUUCCCAGCUUCUACAUUAGAUAUUGAAGUCGCUGGAGAGCAUUUCAAGAAAGGAGGUGGUUCUGGUCAUAAUCAGCACCCCGGAGCUGUCCCCAGCUCAGAUUAUGGUUCAUCAACAGAUGACGACGCAGAGCGCGAAUCAGCCGAGAAAAGGAGGAGGAAGAAGAAACGGCGGAAGAGGCAGAAGGAGGAGGAAGAGAGAAGAGCUGAAAAGCGCAAAAGAAAAGAUAAAGCAGAUGACGCGGAGACCAGAAAGAUUGGAGCUCUUGAUAGUACAUCCGUGGAGAGGAAAGGUGCAGUUACUGUCUGGGCUGAUAUUAAAGAGUCUCUGCCCAAGGAGUACUAUUUUGACGCCCGUGGGGAUCGUGACAACAUGGCAUUUGGAUCCCUAUAUAGAUUGGACAUAGCGCGGUAUCGUCGUCAAGAUUUGUUCAAAGGCAUGUAUGGAGGCUCAGGCCGUCCUUCUAGUCAAAGACUGAAGCGUAUAGAUGUAGGAGGAGAUGGAAUGGUUGAAGAUGAGGCUGUGAAGAGCGCAGGUCGUUACUGGUCCCCGAAAUUUUCAUCUUUAGAACGCAAAAGGAAGCUUAGGCAUGUUAGGCUUUGCAAGGAGCGGUUUGGAUUUAAACAGAAAGAACACAAUUCUGCUGCUUUAGGAGACUUUGUGCCUCUUGAAUUUGAGAAGGCCGUGCAAAAUACUAGUUCGGUAGCAGAAGAUGUAGACGCUGGAGAGACUUGGCAAGAAUAUGUGACUCGGAAAACGAAAGAGUACAACGAGCAGAUAAGGGAGAGAUCUCGUGAUGAGAGUUUGUGGAUUUCCUUCGCAAAUUUUCAGGAUGAACUGAUACAAGCAACAGAGAAAAAAGCAGUGGUGCAACAGGCUGUGGAGAAGAAAGUUGCAAUUUUAGAAAAAGCUUUACAUAUUCUUCCAGAUAGCGAGGAUUUGCUGCUCUUGUAUUUGGAGUCAUGCCAAAGACGCGACACAGCAGCCGCCUUAGUCUCCAAGUGGGAAGAUGCCGUCAGUAGACAUUCUUCUAGUUUCAGAAUGUGGCGAGAGUUCCUGAGGUUUCGCUGCUCCCAGUUUUCCGCGUUCUCUGUUUCAUCUCUUCGUGCCUUAUACAUCCGCGCUUUUCAGUCUUUGGUAGCUAGCCGUAACCGAUUACACGCCAAGGGAUUGGGCCGUGGUGAAGAUGACGUCAACUACGUAGAGGCAGAGCAAGGAUUGGUGUCAAUUUUCGUUGACCUUUGCAGAUUCAACUGGCAGGCUGGUCAUCAUGAACUGGCCGUAGGACUUUUCCAGGCAGGUAUUGAAUACAGUUUGUUCUCGCCUCCAAUACAGCUGACUGAAAGCAACAAAUUAAGAUUGUUUGAAGCCUUUUGGAGUAGUGGUGCUCCAAGAAUCGGUGAAGAUGGAGCGUUAGGAUGGGUUACUUGGUUGGAGAAGGAGGAAGAGCAGCUUCAAAGAGCACGGGAGGUCAAUCUCUCAGGAGACGACUCUGAAGAACAGCAAGAUGGUGGAUGGACCGGGUGGUCAGAACCGGAAAAGGAGGACUCUAGAACGGAUGUAUCUCUAGAUAACGAUGCUGUUGACAUGGAAGAAGAUACGGAAGCUGAUGCUGACGUUGUCAUGGAAGAAGAAGAUGACGCUGCUUUGCUUGAGAAGCUGGGUUUGAGUCUCGAUGCGGGGAAGGAUGUAGAGGUCAAUGAUGUGACUGUUUGGAGAAGAUGGGUAAAGAGAGAGGCUCAGAGAGAUCGCGAGCAAUGGUUACCUCUUCGUUCAAAAUACGCAAAGGAUACUCGUGACGAUGUGGAUAUUGAAGAUGAUGGAGAUGAGCUGGAGAGGAUUGUUGAUUUUGAGGAUAUCAAAGAAAGCUUGUUCACCCUGCAUUCUAAGCAGGCUCGCUCAAGUCUGGUUUGCCAAAUUUUGGACUUCUGGGACGGACCUCUCUCGGAAUGGUGUUGUUCGAAUGCUUGGAGUUACAGAUCAGCUCUGGAAUCUUUAGAAAGUCUCAAGGGAACUCUACUCGCCGACGUAAAUGACGCCGAGCGCGGAGAUUUGAGCAGAAGCAAAUAUUUGGCAGGCCUAGUUGGAGACUCUCCGUGGUACGAGAAAUCACAGGCGGGAGCUAGAUUCUUACGAAAUACUUUUUUUGCAGUACGAACUGUUCUUACCGAUGACCGACGCUUGCUAAGAGGGCUUUUCCUAGCUGAAGAUUUGGCAACAGAAGAGACGGGUUUAGCAGCUGGAAGUAUGUCCGCUUCACGGGCACUCGGUAAAAAGUUGCUCAAAACUCAUCGUCAGGAUCUUUCGAUGUGGGGAGCAUAUGCAUGCAUUGAAGCUGCUGCUGGAAAUAUUACCGCUGCGAGAAAGAUUUUUGAUACUGCUCUUGCCUCUUUGGGUGCCCUUCCGAAGGAAGUACAGCAGGAUGCACCAAUCUUGUACCUCGCUUAUGCAGACUUGGAGCUGGCUCGAAGUUCAUGUGGGGCAGAUACCGGUGCGGAACAAAGGGCUUUGUGUAUUCUGUGCUCAUUGGGUAGCGGAAGUGAAUAUUCGCCUCAGUCGUUCGCGGACGGCAUACCUGCAACUCAAUUGCUCAAAAGUCAUCGAGGUUUUCGUGAGCAAUUGCAGAGAGUACGAACAAGUGACCGAGGAAAUCUUUCUGAGAAAGGAGCGGCGUUGAUUACUUGUGCCGCACUGUUUGAGCAGUUGACCUCAGGCUGGGAAGCUGCGGCUUCUAUUUUUGAGGAAGGGCUUGCCAUGACUUUGCCAGGCAAUCGACAGCAAAGCUUUGAGUGUGAAGUUUUACAUCUUCGUUAUGUGAAUACGCUGGAGAAAUUCAAGCAGGCUGCAAAACCAGCUCGUCUGCGCUCGACCAUCUUGCGAGGGCUAGUGCAGUAUCCCUGUAAUGCUAAGCUGACUGGAGCAUAUAUUCGCAGUGCUUCUCAAUCUGGCAUGAGCCACAAAUUGCGUCGUUUCUUCGAUGAUGCCUCCAAAAGGUCUCCAUCGACGAUGCUAUGGCUCUUUGCUCUUUCUUGUGAGCUGUGGAGACCUGGAGCCGGACCACGGAUUCACAGCCUGUUCGAACGAGCGCUCGAGAGCAAGGAAACUCGGCAGUCUGUUCUGCUUUGGCGAUGUUAUAUAGCGUACGAGCUUCAUGUUGCAUCGAAUCCCGAUGCAGCUCGUCGUGUAUAUUUUCGUGCUAUCCACGCAUGCCCUUGGUCCAAAGCAUUAUGGGCUGAUGGAUUCCGAAAGCUGGGAUUGAUCUUGAGUGCGAAGGAGCAGUCAGAGUUUGUAGACAUAAUGCGUGAAAAGGAAUUGAGGAUCCGUACCGAUGUGUACGAGAUCCUCUUGGAAGACGCCGAAGAUGAUACUCUGGGAUGAUCAGGUGUAUAUAAAUUAUUUUGAACGAAUUUAUCUGUACUAUAACCUAUGGAUCCAUUUCUGAUCAAGAUUGCAGCAGCCAGUAGUUCCUGGUUUCGUUCCCU